GUAUGGCGCCCCUUUUCUGUAUGUCGGUGCAUACAUAAGAUUCGCUGAUAACGGCUAGUUACUAUAGUAUCUUAGGAUGCCAAAGUCUUUCCGCUAUGAUGUCUGUGAUGACCGUUUGACCGCGCGUCAGUAUGACUACAAUAGCAGUGCUUAUGAAGACUCUUGCAAGGUUCAGAAUGAAUAUCCCAGAAAACACAAAAAACAUUCUCAUCAUUCCAAGGAACAUGGGCCCCAUACGUCCAAGUAUUCCAGUCAUAAACCUAAGAAAAUAGAUGACUGGUCUCCGGAAAAUUCUCCAGACAACAUCCAUAAAAAAAAGAAAAAGCACAAAAAGCGUUCGCGCAGUCACAGUAGCGACAAACGUAUCCACGCAUCAAGACACCAUUCACCGGACUGUACGGAUAUUGAUGCCUUCAAAUUCCGUUCUAGUCUAAUGUCAGAACUUUCAAAGCACCAUAACUUCAAAGAAAAAAUUCUGAAGGUCAAGAAUGCUACUGAAACAUCUAAUGUGGAUGAUCCACACCAACCUCCCACCGAAAAAGACGUGAACCAGUUCAAUGAAAUAUGCUCUAAUACUCCUCGUGUCGACUCUUCCAUUCCAUUAGAUGAGAUAGCUUUACCACCUGAACCUAUUACAAAGCCAUUCUUAUCAAACCCGGUUGCUCCAUCUACAGUCAGUACACCAUCGAUAAAAGAUGUGCGUGAAGUACACAAUACAGACAUUACUUCUUCACAGACUCAUAAUUCAAGCGUAAUGACUCCGAAGUUACCGAAAACACAUCAAGUGCAUAUUCAUGUAGAUACACCAAAGCCCUCAAUUACUGAGCUUCCACUGCCCCCUGGUUUUGACAGCAAAAAUUUAGAGUCUAUUUUUCCUGACAAGUCACCUAUGCAUCCUGUUACUGUUCCAUCGACAAAACCGCCUACCAGACAAAGGAUAACAAGACGACCCAAAAUUUGUUCACUUCGUAGCAAAAGUCGUAAUAAUAAAACGUGGGGUGAGCGUUCUGUGACGGCUUUUGACACAUUAGUUCAAGUUGGUGAGGGUACAUACGGUCACGUGUAUAAAGCAAGAGAUAAAAUUACUGGUGAAUAUAAAGCACUAAAAAAAGUAAGAUUAGAAAAUGAAAGAGAAGGAUUCCCUAUAACCGCUGUCCGUGAAAUAAAAAUACUCCGUCAGCUUAGACACCCAAAUAUUGUAAAUUUAUGUGAAAUUGUUACAGACAAAACGGAUCCUACUGAUUUCAAAGAGGAUAAAGGUGCAUUUUUCUUAGUUUUUGAUUACAUGGAUCAUGAUCUUUACGGUAUUCUGGAGUCUGGAUUAGUGACGUUUAGUGAACAGCAUAUUGCCUCCUUAAUGAAACAACUUUUGGAUGGACUCAGUUUCUGUCAUGAUAGACACUUCCUCCAUCGUGAUAUUAAAUGUUCUAACAUUCUAAUCAAUAACAGAGGGCAGUUAAAACUAGCAGAUUUUGGAUUGGCACGUUUGUAUAUUGCUGGUGACAAGGAAAGACCAUAUACAAAUAAAGUAAUUACUUUAUGGUACCGGCCUCCAGAGUUACUUCUCGGUGAAGAACGAUAUGGCCCAGCUGUCGAUAUAUGGUCGUGCGGUUGUAUUUUAGGCGAAAUGUUCACUCGUCGACCAAUGUUUCAGGCCAGUGAAGAAGUUGAACAGCUGGAAGUUAUAUCACGAAUAUGUGGAUUUCCGGAUCCAGCUAUAUGGCCUAACGUUGAGAAACUGCCGUUUUAUUCAACGAUGAAACCGAAACGAAUGUAUAGACGCCGACUGCGUGAAGAAUAUCAUAUUAUUCCACCUCAGGCUGUUGAUCUCCUGGACCAUAUGUUACAAUUAGAUCCUCAGAGAAGGUGCAGCGCUCACGAGGCCCUAGCAUCACCGUGGUUACGCAAUGUUGACUCGACUAAAAUUACUCCGCCAAGAUUGCCUGUCGACCAGGAUUGUCAUGAAAUGUGGAGUAAAAAGAGGCGGCGUAUGUUGCGUCAAGAGCAAGAGUUGAAAGCUCAGAGAAUCGGACAAGAACCAGUCCCUUCUAAGCUUCCAAGUGAGUUAUUUCUUUUUCACCUCGCAUUAUGCAGUCGUCACAUCCCGUGGUGCUAUUUCAGAUAUGAAAUCGGUUCCACGUCAAGCCAAUGGACCCUGUCAAAAUCCUACAUAUUCUGUAGCCAGUAGACCGGAGUCAACUAAACAGUGCAUUCCGACCCAACUCACUGGUGAUGGAUUUUCAGGCAGUGGUCUCAACACUAUCCAACAGACCAACCCUCAAAUCCUUGAUAAUUCAUCAAAUCCCAGUGAUACGCUUAAAAAUCAGCUACGAGAUCUUUUAGCUGAUUUUGAAGAUUCUGGUGUAGAACGCUUCAAAGAAUCAAUCACUGAGGCUUUGAAAGCAAAUCCUAAUUUAUUACGCGGUAUGCAAGAAUUAUUAGGUCCUAGUGAUCCUAGUGAGAAUGCAUCAGCUGUGCUUGCUUACAUUUUAUCAUUAAUAGCAGAUGUAAGCAAUCAAGGCUCUAGUGUUAUGGAAACGAGUGAUGCUAGUAUACAGACAGCAUCUUCACAAAUUCGUCCUGUACAGCAUUUUUCUCACGAUUCAAAUGUUAAUAAUAAUAAUAAUCAACUCACGUGACAUUAUUAUUAUCACUACUACAGUUCUUUCUCUGAAAAUCCCAGUUCCAGCUGGUCUUUGAGUCAAAUCUUCUAGGUGCAUUAUAUACAUAUUUUUCAAAUCAAAACUUUGUUGUAUCUACACUGUAAAAAAUGAAAUGAAAUACUUUGUUUCUGUUUUUUUUGUUUACAUCUAAAUGAUAUAUGGGGUGUUACAAAAGAGAAUAAUAAUGUAGAUAUAUAUGAAAACUGAUACUUGUGAUAGAUAAUAUUUUGAAAUUUAAUUUUUUUAUACAAAUGAAUGAAUUGUCAAUGCACAUAUAUAUGUAUGUAUG